AUGAUCGUCAUCCCCGCUCUGCUGGCCCUGAGCAGCGUCGCCCACGCCCACGUCGCCGCCUGGGCGUACGGCAUGUACUGUCUCGGCGGCCCCGAUCCCUCUGUCGACGACCCCAACACCAACACCGCCGUCAAUCCGCUCUACAACCUCACCCAGACCGACUGGUGGUUCCAGCACGACCGCGGCUGCGACGCCGUCCCGCCUGCUGACGGCCAGAUCCUCGAGCUGCCCGCCGGAGGGAACUUCACCGUCGAGCUGGCCCACAACCGCGCGCAGACGACGCUCUCCUACAAUGGACAGUACACGUCCGAGUGGCCGGAUGGCAAGCAGCAUCCAGAGGACUGGUCCGGCCCGGGCAAUCCCCCGGACUGCAUCCAGGACGACGGCGCCAUGCAUACGAACAACCAGUCCAUGGCGGCAGGAACCGCGUGGGCGAUCAGCUACCAGUCGGACCUGUCCAAGGUGACGAUGGAGAAUCUGGUUGUGUUUUCUGUGACGCCGAACACCCCGUGGCACCGCCUGACCACCUACGAGGUUCCUGCUGACCUGCCCCCCUGCCCGGAGGGGGGUUGCCACUGCGCGUGGCUCUGGGUCCCCAAGGGCUGCGGCCAGCCAAACAUGUACAUGCAGGGAUUCAAGUGCAACGUCACCGGGUCAACAUCCACCAAGACCCUCGCGCCCGCCCAGGUCCCUGUCUACUGUGGAGAUGACAGCUCGAAAUGCGUCCAGGGGGCGAAGCAGAUGCUCGCGUUUAACCAACAAUCAGGAAACAACGUCGAAAUGCCUCCCAACGACUUUGUCUACUAUGGCGAGGGAUGGGGGUUCAAGCCAGUGAGCUGGGUACAGUGUACUACGGCAGCGGGUUGA